UCAGUGACGACUCUUUGCGUCACGUUAGUUUAGAAGGCGAGGUUGGAUUUAGGCCUAUCAUCACAGACACAGGAAGUGUCUAGACCAGACUUGUUAAGUGUGGGUGUGACCGCAGUGAUUUUAAGGGAAAUAAGAGCAGGAGAAGCUGAAGAGAGGCAUGUGAUUAUCAAAUGAGUGAUGGUAAUAGAAUGGUUCUUGGACUGGAUGUGCAGUUUGGUUCUGGGAUAAACAUCUAAAGAUCUUACAGAAGCGUAUUGUUUAUUGUACAGCAUUGCUCUAAAAUAUGCUUUUGUUUAAAAUGAAAUACAUUUAUUGUAAAUUGUCAGAAAAUGGGUUGUAUAUUACGUUCAGUGUAAACACUACCGUGUCACUGUGGGUAAGUGUCAGUCGUGCUGUUUAUUUCUGUACCGUCUGAGCUUAUAAAUCACAACGACAGGCAGUUUAAACAAGCAGAGACUCACUAAAGAUCUGUUAAAAAUGUGCAGUAUAUGACUUAGAAAGUAUUAGACUUAGAAAGUAUACACAACAUUCCAUACAAGAAAAAUCACACCAAUAAUGACUUUGUAUUGGUAGAAAAAAAAAAUCAUGAUCAUGCAAAAAAAUUGUCAUCAUGUCAGAAACGUGAGCAAGGCAAAAAAAUGGAUCAUGUAAAAAAUGUUUGAUGACAUUAAAAACAUGAUUAUGUGAUGUGAUUCUGUCACAAUCAUAUUGCUAAAAUGUAAUAACUUGAAAAAUAGAGUGAAAAAGUCUUAACAUGAUAGAAGGAUCACAUGUGAUUACAUGGCACAUUAUACUACAUGUGGUCUUAUGUGGAAAAGUGUAAUCAUGCACAAAAUAUUUUUUUGGGAAUCAUAUUUUGUGGUAAUGUAACUGUGUGAAAAUGUAAUUGUGUGGGAACAUGUUCAUGUGUGGAAAUGUGAUUAUAUGGAAAUAUGACUGUGUGGGAACGUAAUUGUGUGGAAAUGUGAAUGUGUGGGAAUGUGGUUGCUUGGAAAUGUAAUUGUGUGUAAAUGUGUUAAUGUGUGAAAAUGUGAUUUUGUGGAAAUGUGGUUGCUUGAAAUUUGAUUGCAUGGGAAUAUUAUUAUGUGGGAUUGUGUUCAUGUGUGGAAAUGUUGCACACCUGUGGUCACAUGUUAUUGCGUGGUAUUAUGUGUGUUUAUUAGUGAUUUCUGUUCCUUUAAAUCAUGCUCUCUGGGUUCAGUGAAGUGAGUUCUGAAUCAGAGCUGCACUGCAGCUGAACUGUAACUGGGUCGGAAAGCAUUUCUCUGUGAGUUCUCCGGGUUGUUACUGUUGGAAAGCUGCUGAUUGAUGUGUGUGAUGUGUAAAGUCACGGUCUGGUGCUCAGGCCUCCUUCAGUAACUGCGAGAAGCUGGAAACGGACAAUCACAGUCCGUCUGCAGAAACGUGCAUAUAUAUAUAUAUAAAGAUGUGUGGAGAUAUGUGGAGAUGUACGUAUGGCAUGCAGCAGAUCUGUGUACGUUCCAUCUGUUCCUGCAGCGUUUGUUUAUCUAGAACAAUGGAACCGUCUUAUUGACACUGCUAUUUUUAGAGUUUAACACAGACUAACCGUGUUUUUGUGUGGGUUUAUAAAGGCUGUGGUCUCAGGACGUGUGGAAGUGGAGGUUCGGCCGCUCUGGAAUUGGAAGUAUUUCUGAUUCUGAUCCAGAUUCUAUUUGCUCUUUCCGCCUCUGACAUCAGCGGCUGGCUGUAUAAAUGCUCGGGCCGGAGGCGGGCAGGGCACUAACGCUGACACUUAAUGGAAUCUCGGACGUCUCACAUAGGAGGCAAAUUUGGGCUCCAGGAUGAAGAGAGAGAGUGAAGCAGCUGUUAUAUCCCUCGCCCUCCAAAUCUGCCUUCUCACACAGGUGGUGUGCCAGCUCUGCGAUGGACCCUGCCACUGCCCCUGGCCCCCUCCUACCUGCCCAGUAGGCGUGGCCCUGGUGCUGGAUGGGUGCAGGUGUUGUCAGAUGUGUGCCAGGCAGGAGGGGGAGCCUUGCACGGAGAGGGAGCUCUGUGACGGGCGGCAGGGCUUGCAGUGUGACUACAGCGCCAGCUUCCCGGGUGGGCCGGGCGAGUGUGUCAGGCAGAACGUGCUGGGCUGUGAGCUGGAUGGCGUGAGGUAUGAAGAGGGUCAGUCCUUCCAGCCCACAUGCAUGCAGCUGUGCCACUGUGUGGGCGGCGGCAUCACAUGUGUCCCGCUCUGCAACGAGGACUUGAACCUGCCCAUGGCCAACUGCCCUAACCCGAGACUGGCACAGCUACCCGGCCGGUGCUGCAGGGAGUGGGUGUGUGACGGCCUGGACAACAGCGUCCUGCUGGAGACCACUUCAGCUGACCGAGGCGCAAGGUCGUGGCAGGACGUGUCGGCGUCCAGCGGCAGCCCAUGGUCCAACUGCGUGGAGCAGAUCACAGAGUGGAGCGCAUGCUCCCGCAGCUGCGGACCAGGUGUCUCCACCCGCAUGUCAAACAGGAACUGGGCCUGCCGCCCACAAACACAGACACGACUGUGCCAGGUCAGGCCCUGCCACUUGGCCCCCUCAGCAGCCGCCAACCGAGUCCAGACGGGAACGGGCGCGUGUGAGAGCAGCUACCGGGCGCCGCUCCCCGUCCGGCUGGAACACCAGGGCUGCCACAGUACCCGCUCCUACAGACCCCUGUACUGCGGCACCUGCACCGACACCCGCUGCUGCACCCCCCACCGGACCAGAACCGCUCACACGGCCUUCCGCUGCCCUCAGGGAGGCCUCGUCCAGCACAGGGUCAUGAUCAUCGAGACCUGCGCCUGCCACUACCACUGCCCUCACCUGCCACUGCCCAGCGCCAGGAGGGCCAGAUCCUGGCUGUAGAUGGAGCGAUGGAUGAUGGUUGUGAUUACAGUAAUAUACUCAUAUCUGGGAUAUGGGUUCAAAAUAGCUACUCCUUAUACUCCUUAUUAACCCCUUAUAGCCUGCGAGUCUGUAUGUGGGCCUACACUGGUUCCUCAAGCUAGUACCAUACUCUACCAUACAUAUCAUAUAUGAACAUGCAAUAGGGGUCAAGAGGUUAAGCAUUUUAAAAUCAGUCUGAAAUACUAUGCUACUCGAUUUACACUGUUACAAAAAUAAAUGCAAAAAUAAUAAUACAUUUUUAUAGACUGUAUUUGGCAGAAAUAUAUACAUACAUAUUACAACAGUCAUUUUUGUUUAAAAUUGUUAUACCUUCUUUAUCAAAGACUACUUUUUAUUUUAUGGCUAAAAUAAAAAUAUAAAUAAAAAAGUAAAAACUUUCAAAACACAGAUAACUCAUGUAAUCCAUUCAUACAGAGUUAUAAUGUUUCAUGAAAUCACAUGAGAUAUUUCAGUUAACAGUGCAUUCUUGUCAUUUAAAUAUAAUAGUUUCCAAAGAAAAUAUUACAGGGAAAUUCCUGUAAAAUCUACUGGGGAAAAUUUGUUCUUUUUUCAC